GCCUUAAUUCGAGGGUACUGUUGGUUGGUUAGCUGCACACUCAUCAAUCGCGCGCGGUAGAGUUGCCCAGCUUUACCAUUGGCCGAAGAGCAGAAGUCUUCCUUGCCUGCACUCUGCUCAAGUGAUAUUGUCGUCAGAUGGAGAUCCCUGCCGGCCCAUCGAGGAAGCUGCCGGCCGUGCACCUCGUGAAGCCGAAGCUGGAGCCCGGCGAGGAGUCGCUGCCGGCGCGGCUGAAUGCUGGCGAGGAUCAGGAGACCACCCCGCUCUCCGGCCGCCGGCCCUUCUUCACGGCCAUCAUGGCCAAGACCCAUGUCCAGAAGCCUUAUCAGCUGGCCAUCCCGGCUCACUUCCACCGCCGGCUCCCGGCGAGGCGCACGGCAGCCGUGCUUCGGUGCGGCGGGGGGUCGUGGAUCAUGAGCUACUGCGGCGACAACAGGCUGAAGAGGCUGGACGGGGCGUGGGCCGACUUCGCCGUCGACAACGGGCUGCUGGUCGGCGACGCGUGCGUGUUCGAGCUGGUGUCCGGGGGCGGCGUCAAGGGGCAGGAGCUGGUGUUCCAGGUUCAGGUUCUCCGCGGCGGCGGGAUGCCAGGGGAGAUCGCCGACAAGGGAGCCACCGCCGACGAUCCCAUCGUCAUCGUCGACUAGACAGCGUCACAGCGAUAGUUUAGUGCCUCUCGUACGCCGUUCACCACCGUUUACACUUUGCGUGUUUGCAAUUAUGUUAUCGCUUGUCAUAUUUUCGAUGGCUUGAUGCCUACAUCCGUAGUUAAUUUACUUGUCAGAUGGCUUGAGCACGAAACUUCGCAAUCGUCGCACACACGUUGCUGGUGUAUAUGGUACUAGUAUAACGCCUAAUACUAAACAGAUACUCUUCAUAACAA